UCCUGCCUACGACACUACCUCGUUUCCGUACACACCUGAUUUAUCAAUUCCUUCUGCCUACGACACUACCUCGUUUCUAUACACCCCUUAUUAGGAAUUCCUAGAAUUGUUUAUCGUGUCAACAAAGAAGGUCGUGAACUAGACCUACUAAAUCGGUCUAGUGUUGUCAGUGUUGACAACGUACGACGACGACAAAUACCGCUGUCAAAUAACACUGAAAAGAUGACUUCCAAACACGAGGUUGUGGUGGCCAUUGACUUCGGUACCACGUACUCGGGGUACGCUUUUUCAACGACCUCAGAAUACCAGAAGGACCCCACGAAAAUCUCAGCUAACAGUGCCUGGAUAGCGGCUUCAGCAGGUCUUUUGUCCCUAAAGUGUCCGACCUGUAUACUAUUUGACAAGGACCAGAAGUUCGUAAACUUUGGCUACGAGGCCGAGGAUAAGUACGCCAACCUCGCCUUGGAUAACAUGCACCACGAGUACUACUUCUUUAAGCAAUUUAAAAUGUCGCUGCACAAAAAUAAGGAUCUUAACAGGGAUACACUCAUUGAGGAUGAGAGCGGCAAAUCAAUGAAAGCCAAAACAGUUUUUGCUUCUGGCAUUAGAUUUCUUAAGAACCACGCCGAGGAGUUAAUUAAUACAAGAGGGAUGAGUUUCGAGGAGUGGGAGAUACGAUGGGUGGUGACGGUACCCGCUAUUUGGUCGGAUGCCGCCAAACAGUUCAUGCGGGAGGCGGCUCAGAAGGCGGAGAUUAUGAACGACCAGCUGCUGAUUGCAUUAGAACCAGAAGCUGCAUCUGUAUGCUGCCGACAUCUACCAGAUGCAAAGGGUUCUGAUAUUUUCAUGCCUGGUUCCAAAUACAUGGUCCUUGACCUAGGAGGCGGUACAGCAGACAUCAAUGUACAUCAGGUUGUAGAGGAUGGGAGUCUGCGCGAGCUUCACAAAGCCUCUGGUGGCGCCUGGGGAGGAACUAGAGUUGACGCCUCUUUCAUCCGACUUUUGUGUGCUAUUGUUGGAGAUGACGUCAUGGAAGCAUUCCGGAGAGAGCACCCGGCAGACUACAUAGAUCUACUUCGAGAGUUUGAAGUAAAAAAGAGGAACGUCAAAGAAACAAUGGAAAGCAGCGUGAACUUUAGGCUUCCCCUCGCUUUGACCGAGUUGUUCGAAACAAAGAAGAAGAUGACAUUCCGCGAAGCUCUCGCUGAUUCGACGUACAGCGAUGACGUCACUCCCAUAGCUGACAAAAUCAGGAUAAAACCUAACCUCAUACAGGGCAUGUUCCGGGAUCCAUUAGUCCACCUUGAAGACCAUAUCCGAUGCAUACUUGCCAAGCCAGAGGUAAGAGGGACAUCGACCCUACUUCUCGUUGGUGGUUUUUCUGAAUCUCCAAUAGUGCAGGAAACAAUGAAAAGAAAAUUUCCACGAGUAAAGAUCGUUGUUCCUGCGGAAUGUGGAUUGGCCGUCUUGAAAGGGGCAGUUAUAUUCGGCCACGAACCAAAGAACAUCAGUGCCCGAGUUGCUAAGUUUACGUACGGUAUCGCCAUCAGUAAACCGUUCAUUGAGGGACAUCAUCCAAUAGAAAAAAAGAAAGUCACACAAAACGGAGUUAUCUGCACAGACGUAUUCCACAAAUACGUCGAAUGUGGUGAAUCCAUGGAUGUGGACAACUCACAGACAUUGUCGUUUAGUGCAGCGAAAGGAUGUUCGUCCAAUCGCGUUCGCGUUUACAGAUCCACCGCGUCUGAUCCGAUGUUUGUAACAGACGAUGGCUGCUGUCUGCUAGGGGAGGUAAUUCUGACCCGUAACACGGACCUCAAUUUGUCCCAGAAAAUUGAUGUUAGUCUGACUUUCGGAGGCACAGAAUGUUCUGUUGUGGCUAACGACAGCCAGUCAGGCGAAUCGUUCCGGUCAAAGUUUGACUUCCUUAAUGCAUGAACUAACAUUACUACGUACACUUACGGAGUCGUCAAAAAAACCACCCCCCCCCCCUAUUUUUUUUUUUUUUUUUUAAAACAAAAAA